AUGCACCAGUACCCGGCCGCAUUCCGUCUCUUCCGCGCUCACUGUCGAAAAUACCUCCCACUGCAAGCCCAAAACCAGAAACAACCAAGACACAUCCGCACAUACGAAUGGGAUAUCAGACACGUCCUGAUAACCCCGCCCCAGCCACAAGAUUACAAUCCCCAGUGCCCCAGACUCGACAUGCGAUGGAAGAGGGCGCGGAAGAGGGCACGAGGACGAGGAGCGCGAAGGAGAGCACGAGGAGUUGCAAACACAACUGCAUAUGCACCAGCUGCUCCAUCUAAAAAGCACUGGAUAGUCUGCCUCUUCAUGUCCUGGCACUACGGCCCGCGAAACCGGGACCCAUCAGAGGUGGAGAGAUUCCGUCGGGAAGGACAGGGUGCGGGGAAAUUGUUUGCAUGCAAGUUCAAUUCAGGACUCUUUGCUGUGCCAUGGGAGCAGACAAGAGAAGUCCCUCAGAGGUCAGGGUUGGAAGUGACUGUUAAUUCCAAUCAAUGGAAUUAUCAUUCAAGCGUCGAUCCUGGCUACCUCCUGGCUACGAAGGCUCAGUAUCAACACAGUCUCCUGUAG